AAGGUACAGAGCAGCCGGCGACGAGGUACACAACGGGAGCAGCACGAUUCCCAGGUCCAGGCGACGACGAUGCGCCUCCGAGAGCCCUCAACGUGGAGGAAUAUUGCGCUCGUGCUUGGCCUCCUCCUUGCGACAGCCGCGGCCGACGGCUGCAGCGUGGCCAAGACGACGCUCACAGCGCGUUGCGGAUUUGUCGUCUCGUCGCCCGACAACAAGCGCGUGUGCGCCUACGACCCAUCGAGCUGCAAGCCAAUCAUCAAGACCGACACGUGCGCCGGAAGCGACGGCAACCAAUAUGGCAACUUCACGAACUACCUCUGGCUGUGUUCGUACAGCACGUCCCAGUGCCAAGACGUCUCCAAUAGCGUCUCCGAUACAUUCAACAAGGUCUACAGCGACAACCAAGAGACGUACAAGAACGCAGUCUUCUUCAAUAACGCCAAGAGCAUCCAGGAAACCGGUCUCUUUUGCUACGACGCGUCGUCCAAGCAAGAGCUCGGCGCCGUCGUGAUCGCGAGCUCCCGCCACUGCAUUUACGACACCAGCUGCAACGUCGCGCCGUGGACGGACGCCACCAAGGCCGUCGAUAUCGUCAACGACUACUACACGGUCAACUCGUCCAUGGUGCUGAGUGGCCUCGGGAUCACGGCGCUUGGGCCGGACCUUGCCUCGGACUUCAACAAGAACAACACCUACACCAACCUGGACUUGACCAAGAACCAGCUCACAGAUCUCGCCAGCACCAAGUUUCCCAGCUCGCUCAUGGUCAUGGACGUCUCUCAAAACAACCUGACGUCAAUCGCCAAGAUCCAAGCUACAAAUCUCAAUGCGCUGCGCGCAUCGUCCAACGCCAUCACGAGCAUUGGCGAGCUACCGUCCGGGCUAUGGAGCCUGUACGCAACUCUCGUUGUUUUCAAGACCGCGUCUCAUGCAUGA